ACAAAAUAAAUUCAGCUUUUUCGGAAAACACGUCACUUAGUUGUUAGCAAACUGAAAUACUUAUGGGUUUGUUGUGCUCAAUGAUCGUAGUUGGUAGCUCGUGGACAGCUUGAAGAGGUUAUCGGUGUGAAAGGUCAGGCUGCUCGCCUUCGCUGCCUUCUCUAUCAGUUCCAAACAUCUGUGAUAAAAAUUUGUGGCCAAAACCGAAGGGUGAGAAUUGUAUACAUGGUACUACACCCAAGCAUCCUUAUCACGCCCGGUGAGUGAACAAAUUGUCGGCUGGAAAAUGACUUCAUUCAAUUCGUUAUCUUUCAACAGUGAAAUUUUACCAACGGGAAGAUGAAACAGAAUGGCCACGGACAAGGAAUGUUUCCCAAGAGAAAGUCCAAGCUGCGGGUCUCCCCUUCUGGAGCGAGGUGAAAGCAGCUGACGGUUUGGAUGUCUUCAGACUGAGCAGAAGGACUGAGUCUCAGGAUGCAGAAAAGUUUCUUGGAGACUGGGUUACUUCUAUUCGCUCUGCUCACCUGGGUCGUUUGUGAAGAGUUCUUCCACAUGAGAAACCGGCAAGACAAUAUCCAGUAUAGGACGAUGGAAGAUAAAAAUAUCGUCACGUCCACCGAAAAAGCCGAGGAAAUUCUGAAACGCUAUGGUUACCUGCGAUGUGGCAGACGCAGAGGUUCAGGCCUGAGGCAUAAAGAAGGCCGGCAAGGAGGACGCAGGUGCUCUGGCGAAGAAAUCAAACAAGCUGUCAGGCUUUAUCAGCACACCUACAAUAUGCCGGUCACCGGAAAACUGGACAAAGCGACUCUAAGGAUGAUGAGUGAAUCAAGAUGUGGUAACCCGGACGAUGAGAACAAAGCGGUGCCUUUCAAACCUAUGAUCAGUCCCAAAAGAAGACAUUGGCGGAAAGGUCACAGUUAUCAACCCCUUGCAAGGCACAAAAGAGAUAUCUUUUUUGAGGCAACCAAUUUGGGAAAAGAUGGACAUAUUUUAUCCUUUCCAUCACAACCAUACCAGUCUGAAAGUGCGGAACAAAUUGAUUGGGUCAACGCAGUUGAUAAUCUCCACCGAAAUGAACCGGUUGCACAUCAUUUAGAGCAAAAAGAUAUUUUCUCCCGUCUGGUGGAUAGCAGUGAGGAUUUGUCAAGUAGAUACCAUCUUCAGACUAAUGCUCAGAAUGAACUCUUUCCAACUUUUCCUAAAAUCACACACAGACAGAAACUAUUAGGUGAUGUCUAUCUGAUGAAGGGUGUCUUCCCACUUUCUACAGAAGUUGGGAGGUCUUCCGCUUUCUCAGGUAGGACAGAAAUCCUUCCACAAAGAGCCGAUCCUGUCCGUGAACUGUUAAUGGGAGACAGAAAGCCCACAUCGGAGGAACCUUUGCCAGCGGGGACAUCGAUCACCAGAAGAAAAAGGUGGUUGGAAAGAUAUCUAAAAGAUUUAGAGAGUGGGGCACUGGACAAGCGGUUGCACGAGCAGCACGAAGAUAUGCAAAGACGCCGACGCCGCAAGAGGUCAGUUGCAUCAGGAGUAGAAGGGCAAUCUUUCACAAAUGAAGUAGUCACUUGGAGACUAAUAGGAUCGGCGUACAGUAACCAACUAGCAGUGAAUACCCAGAGAGCAGCGUUAGCUUUAGCAUUUCGGAUGUGGAGUGAGGUGAUUCCUCUGGUUUUCCAGGAAGAUAUUCGAUCUCCUGUUGACGAUGUUGAUGUUCUCAUCGCAUUUGGGAGAGGAGAACAUCUAAAUUGUCCGAAUCAUUUCGAUGGCUUCGGUGGGCAAUUGUCUCACGCAAUCAAGAUGUCCGCCAACGCCGAGAUCCAUGUAGACGAUGACGAAUAUUUGACCGUGGGUUCGGACCAAGGAACCAAUCUAGUGAAGGUGGCGGUGCACGAAGUUGGUCACGCUCUUGGUCUCUUUCAUACAUCGAGAAACUAUUCCAUCAUGUAUGCCAUCUACUCCCAAGUCAUACCGAAUAACAACUUUGAACUCGGAUGGGAAGACAGAAAGCUUGUUCAGAACAUUUAUGGUAUCUGCAAAGUUCGAUUUAGUACUGUUUUUGAUUGGGUGAGAAGGAGACCGGAUGGACAACUAAUUUAUAACACCUAUUUCUUCCGCGACAACAGAUAUUGGAUGUACGAGAACAGAUACAACCGAACCCGAUACGGAGAUCCCCUACACAUCAUGCCCGAGUGGAAGGGUAUACCGGAUGACGUGGACGGUUAUGCCCAUGUCUGGACGUACACACAAGAUUCUGCUUAUUUCUUCAAAGGCCACCACUUCUGGUUAUAUAACAGCGCCGAAGACAGAGUAGCUGCUGGUUAUCCGAAAAAUAUAUCUUCUGAAUUCAGAGCCAUACCUGGUAGUUCUUUUCCGAACAUUCCCGGAAAUCUGGAUAGCGUCUUUUUCGACAAGCGGGAUGGAAAUUUAUACUUCUUCAAAGGAAAUCAAAUUUAUGCAUACGACGUAUCAAGAGGAAAUGAAGGUUGCUGCUUGCCUGGAUAUCCAAAGCAUUUGCAUCAAGAAUUUCCAAGUGUUCAUAAGGAAUCCAGCUUACCAUCGUAUUUGGAUGCUGUAUACUACUCCUACACGGACCGAUCCAUGUACUUUUUUAAAGGCAUCUACUACUGGCACAACGUAGCUUUUAAUCCUUUGGACCGGAGGCGGACGAAUAAGAUCAGAGGACCUUGUCUUAUUUCAUCCAAGUGGUAUGAUAUAUGCGACGUGGAGGCUUGAUUGGAUAUCUAAGUUGCUCUUGUCAGUAAAAUACACUUUAGGAAUAUGUUGGAAUUCUAAGCUGGCUUAGAUGUAGAUAAAUUAGUUAAAGCACAGUCACUUUGAAGUUAUCUGAUUCCAGAUUACCCAGUUAAAAUCUUUUCAAAUGGUACCCACUUGAAGAUAAACCAUUUUUAGAACUGUUACCCAGUAUGAAAAGAUUUUCAUUUAUUUCUGGCUAGCGUCUUAGGUACAAUCUUCUCAGAUAUUAAGUAUGUGACUGAAAAGGAUUAUGUAGUGUUCGAACUCACACCUUCCAGCUUAUCAUGGAAGCUAGACAGUGGAGCUUAGUUGAAUGCACGAAAUUUAAUUUUCGAGUUUCUUCCGUGCAUUCUGUACGUAAUGUCUAAUUUACUAGAAUUUUGGAAUUCGUAUUGAAAACAAGUAAUACUACAAGCAAACUAGUAAGCAGAGUCUUGAUGUCUGAACAUUUGACAUUCAGAGUGAAAUUAAAAGAGAAUAAGUCUUGAAGGUAGAACUAUAGAUUCUGUAGAUUUUUUCGAUUUGGUGGAGAUUAAUUCUGCUAUUAUUUGGAACGCUGAAAUUUGUGACUGUGAUUUUUAGAUUCAAAGAUAUUAUCACUCACCCCGUAUAUGUACAUUUUUAGUUUUUCCUCCCGUAUUUUUGAACGCAGUCCUUUGGGCGAAGAUUUACAUGACGGUGAUUUGUACUGUUGAUAUUUAAUUUUUUGUGAUUUAAUUUUGUGACUUGUAUAUAUAUAUAUAUGUAUGACGAAACUUAACACAGUGGAAAAAAAUUUGUGUAUUGUUUUUUAUACUUAGUUUUGUAUAGUUGUACACUUAAUUUGUUUAGUCUUCUAAAGUAAACAGCAGUUUUUUAAGAGCUAAUAUGAAUAUUUUUGAAUAUUAUAUUUAGAUUUAAUUUACUUCCUCUGAGCACUCUCAUAAUCGACUCUUAAUACUGUUAUUUCAGAUAUCCUAAACGCGAGAUUUUACAGUUACUAUCUAGUUUCAUGUCAAAAACAUUAUCUGCUUAUGUUAAAUGGAAACCCUUUUAAUUCAUAAUACGUUUUAGAAUUAAAAUGCAUCUCUUUUA